AUGGUGGUUAUGAAUCCAAAUAACUGGCACUGGGUCGACAAGAACACCCUUCCAUGGACUAACGACUAUCUUGAACGUCGUUUCACCAACUGGCAACAUUCUGACGACGAGUACGUGUUUACCGUGGAGAAGCUCAAUUCUUGCGAGGGCGACUCGAAUGUGUCUCAAAGAAAGGGCAAGGUCAUCUGUUACUUUGACUUGCACUUGAAGUUUGAUGCGGUGCUUACAAAAGACGGAGAAGAAAUUUCUAGGGGUGUCAUUACCGUUCCUGAAUUCAUGCAUGACGAAGAUGAUUUCGAAGUUAGAUUCGAUUCCUUCGGAGAACACAGCGCACUUGUGAAGAAGCUUGCGCUUGAAAAGCUCGUUUCGGAUUUACUAGCUUAUCAACAAGACUUGAUUGAUUCUCAUUCUAGGGACUUGCAGCAAUAA